AUGAAGGUAUUGGGUCAGAUUCAUGUACACGAGAACAUCGAUCCGGAUAAGCUGGAGAAUUUUAUCGGGGCUGUUCUUCUAAAGGACCAGGUUGCAUUUGCUGAUGAUGAGAUUCCUACCGAGGGACGAGGCCACAACAAGGCUUUGCACAUAACGGUGAAGCACAAGCAAACCUAUAUAGCUCGAGUACUCAUUGACAAUGGGUCGGCGCUAAACAUUUGCCCGCUAGCCACACUGAAUCACCUUGGAAUUGAUCUCGCCGAAAUGCAGUCUGCUAAGACUUCAGUCAAAUCAUUUGAUGGUAUGAAGAAGAAUGUAAUGGGGCAGAUUAAUAUUGAGAUUCAGAUCGGACCAUCUUUGUUCGAUGUCUUGUUUCGGGUGUUGGACAUCCCAUCUGCAUUCAAUCUCUUGCUAAGAUUUCCAUGGAUUCAUAACGCUGGUGCCGUGCCAUCAAGUCUUCAUCAGAAAAUCAAAUUUGUGGUUAAGCGGAAAUUGGUUAUCAUCCAUGGUGAGGAAGAUCACCGGAUUUUUAACGAGACGGUUAUCCCCUACAUCGAGCCAGCUCAUAAUGAGGAAGAUUCUUACCAUGCUUUUGAGCUUGUGCAGACCAUUCAUGCGUCACCGGAAAGUCCUUUACCUGUUCCUGAAAUGUCAACCGCCUCUCUUAUGGUAGCUAAGGUAAUGAUCGGCAAUGGUUUUGAGCCUGACAAGGGUUUAGGAAUUGUAUUCCCUAACUCGCCGAAGGGCCAAGAUCUUUGUGCCGAGGUGAUGAACCCGGAUGACAAUGAAAUUGAUGUUGGCGUCCUUGAUCUUGUUGGAUGGUUCGAUGAAUUGACUAUUGCUGCCGUAUUUGAGGAUCCCAUACAAGUUCAUGGAGCACUUGAAAAGGAGCCUUACAUGGUGCCUAGACCCCCGAGGCCAUCCGUCAAUGCCAUAUUCGACGAUCUACUGGAGGGUUUAGAUUCGAAGGGUAAAUACGAGGAAGGAAAUCCAAUGGAUUUAGAAAUAUAUGACCUAGAUGAAUCUAGUCCGGACUAUGAGGAAAUUCGUCGGGAUUUUGAACGGCACGAGGAGGCUAAGCCCUUGACUGGUGAAGAAUCUAUCUCGAUCAACCUAGGCGAUGCAGAAAACCCUAGAGAAGUUAAGAUCGAGGCAAACCUUCCUAAAGACGUAGCUGAACGUCUGACCAAGCUCUUGAGGGAUUACCGGGACAUCUUCGCCUGGUCUUAUGCAGAUAUGCCCGGUCUUGAUCGAUCAAUUGUUGAACACUAUUUACUAACCGAUCCUUCGAUCGAGCCCAUAAAGCAAAGGACGCAGAGAGCUAAACCAGAAUUGGCACAGAAGAUUAAAGAAGAAGUUAUAAAACUUCUUGACGUGGGAUUUAUUGAGACUACUGAAUGCUCUGACCGAAUUGCUAACAUAGUUCCAUUACUAAAAAAAGACGGUCGGGUUCGGGUCUAUGGCGAUUACCGAGACUUGAAUAAGGCUAGUCCUAAAGAUGAUUUCCCGCUCCCACACAUUGAUGUAGUCGUUGACGAUGCAACUGGGUUUGAGCAAUUUUCAUUUAUGGAUGGUUUCUCUAGAUACAAUCAGAUUCCGAUGAACAUUAAUGAUAAGUUGAAAUCCACAUUCACUACACCAUGGGGAUUGUUCCAUUACAAGACAAGGCAUGGGGAAGAUCGCGUUGAAACCUUGACAAAGCUGUUCGAAAGACUACGGAAGUUCAAGUUGCGGCUCAACCCAGCCAAAUGUAUUUUUGGCACUAGCUCGGGCAAGCUGCUUGGAUUUAUUGUAAGUAGUAGAGGUAUCGAGAUCGAUCCAUCCAAGGUGAAGGCCAUCUGCGAACUCAAGCUACCGACAAUGGUUAAGGAAGUUCGCGGCCUCAUGGGUAGGCUAAACUAUAUUGCUUGA